CCAUUUCCUCGUUGAACGGCGCGAGGAAGAUCAAGCACAAGGAGUUGAAUGAUAAUAAAAACAGCUGCAAAAACGCAGGAUUCCGUGUCGCAAAACAACCCCGAUCCAUCCGAAUGGAGAAGGCCAUCAACCCGUCUCUUGACAGCAGCUCUGUGGGAGUAGGGCUGUCUGUCUUGGGUGGGAUGGAGCAGAGUUCGGGCAAGCGUAUUCGGAAACCCUCGCUGCUCUUUGAGGGCUUUGAGAGCCCGUCUCUGCCCCAUGUGCCUCCGCCCCACGUGCCUCUUCCCCGACCCCCUCCGCCCCAGCAGCCCCCGGUGACAGACCCCAGCCGACUGGGACGCUCCACCAAUCAGCUGCAGUUCCUCCACAAGGUCUUGGUGAAAGCGUUGUGGCGCCAUCAUUUCGCAUGGCCCUUCCAUGAACCUGUGGACGCGGUUCGACUCAACUUACCUGACUACCAUAAGAUCAUCAAACAACCGAUGGACAUGGGCUCAAUCAAGAAACGACUGGAGAAUAACUACUACCGCAGUGCCAGCGAAUGCUUGCACGACUUCAAUACCAUGUUCACCAACUGUUACAUCUACAAUAAGCCUACAGAUGACAUUGUGCUGAUGGCACAGUCUCUGGAGAAGGUCUUCUUACAGAAGGUUGCCCAGAUGCCCCAGGAAGAGAUCGAGUUGCCCCCUCCUACCCCUAAAGACAGAGGAGCAAAAACGAUCAAAGGACGUAGAGGCAAAGGAGGAGGAAGUGUUACAUCUGCUCACCAGGUGCCUGCCGUGUCCCAGUCAGCGUACUCUCCUUCCUCACCCGACACUCCAGAUUCCCAGUUUUCCACCCCACCACAGACCCUACUGAGCAACAGCGGCCCUCCUCCACCGCUGAUGACCCCACCACCCACCCAACCCACCGCAAAGAAGAAGGGUGUGAAGCGUAAAGCCGACACCACCACUCCCACCACACUCGGCUUCCCCGUGAAGGGAGGCAUGGGGAAAGGUCACGGAUCGGCCGGAGAGAUGCCCCACUCGCUCUCCUCAGUGCCCGUGGAUUGUUCACCCAGCAUGGGCGUGAAUGAGCCCACCCACCUCCAGCCCGUCUUGGGGCGACCGCUGUCCCGUCGUCCAAUCAAACCUCCCCGUAAGGACCUGCCCGACUCGGUGAGGCCCCAUCAGCGGCGGGGGAAACUAAGCAAGCAGCUUCGCUACUGCAGCAGCGUCCUUAAAGAACUGCUGUGCAAAAAACAUGCGGCGUAUGCCUGGCCCUUCUACAAACCUGUGGAUACAUCAACACUGGGUCUGCACGACUACCACGACAUCAUCAAACACCCCAUGGACCUCAGCACCAUCAAGAGGAAGAUAGAUGAGCGUGAGUACAGAGACGCCCAGCAGUUCAGUGCUGAUGUCAGACUCAUGUUCUCUAACUGCUACAAGUACAACCCACCUGAUCAUGACGUGGUCGCCAUGGCACGAAAACUGCAGGACGUGUUUGAGUUCCGCUUCGCGAAGAUGCCUGACGAGGUUUCAGAGGAGGAAUUGUCUCCAAUGCCAUUAGGCCGGAAUAUGGGCAUGCUGGGAAUGCACCACUCUUCCUCUUCAUCCUCCUCUUCCUCAUCCUCUUCCUCCUCGUCGGAGAGUGAGCCGAGCAGUGACAGCGAGCCGAGCAGCGACAGCAGCCCGAGCUCAGACAGCGAGGAGGAGAGGGCUCAACGCCUGGCCCAGCUGCAGGACCAGGUGUGUACUCAGCUCAGAGCGGUACAUGAGCAGCUGGCAGCCCUCUCCUCCGGCCCGAUUGUGAAACCCAAAAGGAAACGAGAGAAAAAGAAAGACAAGAAGAAGAAAAAGAAGCCAGAGAAACGCAGAGGAAGUCGAAGUGUGAUGAGUGAUGAGCGGGACAAGCCUGCCAAACUGCCUAAAAGCAAAUCCAGCCGUGCUUCACUGUCAUCCACACAGAGCAAGAAAGGUCCCACGAACAAAAGCAGCAAGAACAAGAACACAAAGAAAUCAUCCUCACCUUGUUUUGCGGCGGCUGCUGCCGUCUCCUUACCGCACUACGACUCGGAGGAGGAAGAGGACGGUCUUCCCAUGAGUUACGAUGACAAGCGGCAGCUCAGUCUGGACAUCAACAAGCUGCCCGGGGAGAAACUGGGCCGUGUGGUGCACAUCAUCCAGUCACGGGAGCCCUCGCUGCACGACACCAACCCUGAGGAGAUCGAAAUCGAUUUUGAAACGCUGAAGCCGUCCACGCUGCGUGAGCUGAAGCGAUAUGUGAUGACAGUUCUGCGCAAGAAGCCCCACAAUCCGUACGUGGUGAAGAAGGGAGGAGGUGGUAAGAGUCGAGAGGAACUGGCUCUGGAGAAAAAGAGGGAACUGGAGAGGAGGUUACAGGAUGUGAGCGGACAGCUGAACUCUGCCAAGAAACCCCAGAAACCUAAAGUGGAGAAGCCCAGCGGCUCGGAGCCUCAGGCCAUGGCGUCACGUCUCAGCGCCAGCAGCUCCAGCUCAGACUCUUCCUCAUCCUCCUCCUCCUCAUCCUCAUCUGACACCAGUGAAGAUGACUCCAGGUGAAGAGGACUCUGGGAAGUCAAAGGAAGCGGGCUCUCUGGAGCGCAUUCAGAUCUGCAGCCUGUUUUCAGUUCCUCCUGAAUCCAGGAACUCUGUUUACUUCAGUGUAAAAAAUGUAUAUACUAUGAUUUUUUUUCUUUUAUAAAGAAGACUUUUACCAA